GAAAAAAUUAAAGAGUACAUGUAAAUACAUCUAUCAAACAUUGUUUUUCAAUGGUGAAAACAGUGACAUUAAGAUCUGUGCUCUGGGAGAAGAGUGGAGCUUACACAAAGUAUACCUGUGUCAAUCUGGCUACUUUUCUAGUAUGUUCAGUGGUUCUUGGAAAGAAUACAGCAUGAAUAUUAUUGACCUGGAGAUUCCUGACAAGAAUAUUGAUGUGGAAGCACUGCAAGAUGCCUUUGGAUCUCCGUAUCGAGAUGACGUCUUGAUAAAACCCAGUCGAGUUGUUGCCAUUUUGGCAGCAGCUUGUAUGCUGCAGUUGGAUGGUUUAAUCCAACAGUGUGGUGAGACAGUGAAGGAAACAAUGAAUGUGAAAACUGUGUGUGGCUAUUACACAUCAUCAGGGACCUAUAGAUUAGAUUCUGUAAUGAAAAAGUGCCUAGAGUGGCUGCUAAACAACUUGAUGACUCACCAGAAUGUUGAGCUUUUCAAAGAACUCAGUAUAAGCAUCAUGAAACAGUUCAUUGGUUCAUCUAACUUAUUUGUGAUGCAGGUGGAGAUGGAUGUUAUAUACAACUCUUGAAAGUGGAUGUUCCUUCAGCUAGUGCCUUCCUGGAAUGGAUCUCUAAAGCAGCUUUUGACAGAAACAGAUGUCUGGUUUUCCAAGCGAAAAGAGGAUUUUGAAGGGACGACCUUCCGUGAAACUGAACAAGGAAAACCAUUUGUGUCUGUAUUCAGACAUUUAAGGCUGCAGUAUAUUAUUAGUGAUCUGGCUUCUGCAAGGAUUAUUGAGCACGAUUCUCUAGUACCUUCAGCCUUGAAUGCCUAUCCUUUUGUGUUCACCACCAAGUGUGGGGAUGACAGGCACAGACCUCACUUCCAAUUACGUUCCAUGCUGGGGAAGUGCCAA